UGCGGCGGGUCAGUGCUGCGAGGGGAAUCCAUCCGGCCGGCAUCGCCGCCCCGCAGGGUCCUCACCUCUCUUUUUGCCUCCCGCCGCCGGCGCCGCGGCGCGCAGGGCUCUGCAGAGGCUGCGAUCGACGAAGCAAGGGGGAAGCGACGCGCCUGCACCAACCCCGGCUGUCGCCCGCCUGCCCGCGUCCCUCUCUCCCCUCUCCAUUUCCCUCCGGCUGGGAAGGACACCCCCCUCAUUCCCCAUCCAGCUCCUCGGUCGCCUCCGGGUGGGGGCUGGAGUGUGAACGGGGAUUCCCACUUCGGUGCGAAGCGGGAUCCCUCGCCCGGCAGCAGCAGCAACGAUGACGCGCCUGAGCUGGUGCUUCGCUUCCCUGAUCCGCUGGGGAAAAUACUUCUUCUCGUGCUUCCUGCCCCUGCGAUUCUGCCUGCAUCGGGAGCCUGAGGACCUUGAAGCAUCCACAUCCCACACCUUCAAAGUGAAGAGCUUCAAGAAAGUGAAACCAUGUGGGAUAUGUCGUCAGGCUAUUACCCGGGAGGGUAGCACCUGCCGAGGUUGCAAGCUCUCCUGUCACAAGAAAUGUGAAGCCAAGGCUGCCACGCCUUGCAUGCCUGCUGGCAAUCAUGAGCUGCCAUCCACUGAGGAAAGUCCUGCGAAGCACUUAGAAACCCCGGUGUUCACAAAGUCCCCCAAAAUUAUCCAGGCACGACGUAAACCCUCAAGGAGCUUGAGCCUAAACCAGGCCAUGGAGGAUACUUGUGAACUAGACCUGGUGUAUGUCACAGAACGGAUUAUUGCUGUCAACUUUGCAAGUUUGUCGGAGGAGCAGACCUUCUCUAGCAACCUGAAGGAGGUGGCACAGAUGCUGAAAUCCAAGCAUGGGGACAGUUACCUGCUUUUUAACCUGUCAGAGAAGAGGCAUGACAUCAGCAAGCUCCAUUCCAAGGUGCUGGAUUUCGGAUGGCCCGACUUGCACACACCUGCCCUGGAGAAGAUAUGCAGCAUCUGCAAGGCCAUGGAUACGUGGCUCAACGCUGAUCCUCACAAUGUGGUGGUUCUGCAUAAUAAGGGGAACAGAGGCCGGACAGGAGUAGUUAUUGCUGCCUACAUGCACUACAGCAACAUUUCAGCCAGUGCAGACCAAGCUCUGGACCGGUUUGCCAUGAAGAGGUUCUAUGAGGACAAGGUGAUCCCAGUGGGGCAGCCAUCGCAGAAGAGGUAUGUCCACUACUUCAGUGGUCUGCUGUCCGGCACCAUCAAAAUGAACAACAAGCCCCUCUUCCUGCAUCAUGUCAUCAUGCAUGGAAUUCCCAACUUUGAGUCUCAAGGAGGCUGCCGGCCCUUCCUCAAGAUAUACCAAGCUAUGCAGCCUGUCUACACAUCUGGAAUCUACAAUGUGCAGGGGGACAGUCAGACCAGCAUCUGCAUCACUAUAGAGCCUGGACUACUCUUAAAGGGAGAUAUCUUGUUGAAAUGCUAUCACAAAGAGUUCCGUAGCCCAAGUCGAGAUGUGAUCUUCCGAGUGCAAUUCCACACCUGUGCCAUUCAUGACCUGGCCAUUGUCUUCAAUAAGGAGGACCUGGAUGAUGCAUUUAAAGAUGAGCGGUUUCCAGAGUAUGGGAAGGUGGAGUUCGUGUUCUCCUAUGGACCUGAGAAGAUUCAAGGCAUGGAGCAUCUCGAGAACGGCCCCAGCGUCUCAGUGGACUACAACACCUCUGACCCGCUCAUCCGCCGGGACUCCUAUGAAAACUUCAACAUGCGUCGUGAAGACAGCAUGGAGGAGGUUGGUCACACCCAAGGGCCUCUGGAUGGCAGCCUAUAUGCCAAGGUGAAGAAGAAAGACUCGCUCCACGGCAGCACCGGCACCGUCAACACCAACCGCAUCACGCUCUCGGCUGCCCCCAACCACAUUGAGCACACACUCUCUGUUAGCAGUGAUUCAGGCAACUCCACCGCCUCCACCAAGACAGACAAGACUGACGAGCAAGCAGUGCCCACAGUCCCCGGCAGCAGCGGAGGAAGCAACCCUAUACUAACCCCAGAGGAGAAGCGGGAGCUUGACAGCUUGCUCAGCGGCUUUGGCUUGGAGAACGAGGCCGCCAUGCAUAACCACAACCCCAGCGGGGGAGCAGUGGUUGCUUCCACCACCUCAGGCCGCCACAUCGUUCCAGCUCAGGUGCAUGUCAACGGGGAAGCUGCCAGCUUGGUGGCCGAGAGGGAAACAGACAUUCUGGAUGACGAGUUGCCCAACCAGGAUGGGCACAGCGUGGGGAGCCUGGGCACCCUCUCGUCGUUUGAUGGCACCACCAACACCAGUGACAUGGGCUACCACGAGGCCCCUCGGAUGGAGAGCCUCAACUCCUUGCCCAAUGGGUCGUCCAACUUCAACGGCAUAGACAAGCUGCAUGAUUCAGAGACAGUGAUCAAUGGUGGCUACCCCUACAACAACCAGAACACCUUGCGGAGCAUGAUGGGGCGUCACCCCCAGGACCCGUAUGGGCACAUCCGUCCUUCAGUGUCUGCCCAGGAGAAUUUGGCCGACUACUACCAGCAUGGCUUCCCCACUCCUGGUUGGUUGCAACCCCAGCCGCCAGCUGCCAGCCAGCAAUACCCCUAUGGCUACGAUCCAAAUGGCAUAUACCGCUCGCAGUCCUUCCCCACAGCGACUGCUGAGAGCCCCCAGCUGCCCCAGGCACCAGCCCGGAGCACAAGUAGCCGGGAAGCUGUCCAGAGGGGACUUAACUCUUGGCAGCAGCAAAGUGGAGGCAGCAGACCACCUUCCCGCCAACAGGAUGGUGCCCGAGACAGCCAAAGUCCCAGUGUUUCCAGUGCAAGCCCUCAGCCCAGCCCUUCACAAGCAGCACCCCCUCAAAGCAUCAGCAUCCCUGAAUUCCCCAGGGUGGCCUCCCAGAAGGAAAUAGAGCAGUCCAUUGAGGCCCUCAACAUGCUCAUGCUUGACCUGGACCCUUCUGUCUCCAUGAUGCACAAGUCCCAGAGUGUCCCGGUGUCUUCCAGAGAAGAUAAGCCACGCCCAGUGGCUCUCUCAGUAUCUGCCCAGCCUGUGACUGGUCCUCAGGUGGUGCAGCCAAAGUCUACCAAUCCUUUUGGCCCUAUUCCAGGCAGCCCUUCCCACAACUCCAUGGGCAUCUCUGUGUCCCAGCUGCCUGACCACCAGGCGCCUAAAGCUCAUCCCACAAAACUAUUGCUCCACAAUUCUGCAGAGCCAGAGUACCCCGCGCAGGAUGACCAGGAGGCUUAUUUGUCCUAUGGCUAUCCGAACCAGCAAGCCAGGAGCUAUGGCCAGGCUGCAGGAAGCCCUCCUACAUCUCCCAGGCCUCAUGCAAUGGCAUAUAAGCUCAUGGAAGCUCAGCAUCCCCUGCUGACGUCACCCCCAUCCCCUGGGAUGACAAUUCAAGCCCAGGUACCAAUAAAGGAUGUGGAGAACAGUGAGGAACCUUCUCGCCCCGCAGAGGAAGAGCCUUUGCAUCUUGAAGGUCUGGUGGCCCACAGGGUAGCAGAGUACAACGCCAAACUCCGGGACAUCCGGAAGAGCAUGAAAAGCCCCCAUCCUCCUCUUCACCGACAGCGAUCCUUCUCCUUUUCUGGAUACUUGGCUCUUCUGAAUCCACCCACCUCUCUCCCUACAGGAGUACAGUCGCCACGGGAGAAGUCACCAGAAGAAGCCGAAGCCCCUAUACGGAGACGGACCACCAGUGAAGGCCAGUAUGAGAACAGUCCCCAGGAUCCUAGUUCACCACGAAGCCCCACGGUUCGUUCUCCAGUUCACUGUGUCUCACCAGAGGUGUUCAGCACCAUCUCUGCCAACCCUGGAGGAAGGCCCAAGGAGCCCCAUCUCCACAGUUACAAAGAGGCCUUUGAAGAGAUGCAGGGGACCUCUCCAAGCAGUCCACCUUCAAGUGGUGGUGAGACCUCUCCCCCAACCCCUGCCUUCCCUGUCUCACCACAAACCCCUUACAGUAACCUACUGCGCUCUCCACCAGGACUGGCUAAAACCCCGCUUUCAGCACUGGGCCUAAAACCUCACAACCCAGCAGAGAUCUUGUUGCAGCAAACAGGAGAACUAGAUGGGGAGACAGUAGUUGAAUCUGAUGAAGAGCCCCGGAGCUAUGUGGAAUCUGUGGCCCGUACAGCAGCAAGUGGUGGCAGCAGCAGUUCUGUUGGGAAGCCCCAGGCACCCCUGGCUCCACAGACCUAUAACACUGAGACACCAGUGAGGAAUGGAUCUUUUCCCAACUCCUUUGUUUCACCAAGCCCUGUCGCUGCCAGCAGUCCAAUGCACAGCAUGGAUGGGUUCUCUAUAGGUAGCUACCCAUCAGAGAACAAUGCCAGCAUAGCCAUUUCAUCCCAGCCAUCAGCUGAGUCCAGCUUCCAAUCCGCCAACCUUUCUCAGGGGCCGUCGGCGAACAGCAGCUACCAAAACACCUCUACAUCCACUCAGGGCCUUCCAGCCUAUAUGAGUGCCGACUUCCCUGAUGGCCGAGCUAGCACUCAACAAGAUAGCCACCCAAGGCCUCAACCCCAAGCCAAUGCAGUUGGGGUCCAUGUCAUGCCUGGAAGCCCCCACUCCCUCCACAGAACGGUAGCCACCAACACUCCCCCUAGCCCAGGAUUUGGGCGAAGAGCUGUCAAUGCUAACAUGGGAGCUGUUCCAGGAAGCCCAAGCAUGAGCAGGCAUGUAAUGGCUCCGUACGGCAACCUCGUUGCAUCGCCUGGGAGUCCAAGCCUGACUCGGCAGCAGCCCAUAAUGGGAGGCAGCACAUCCAUGGUCUCUGGAAGUCCCAACUUAGAUCGGCACAUCAUAUAUGGAUACUCAGCUCCAGAGGAGAAGCGCCCAACGCUCUCCCGCCAAAGCAGUGCCUCAGGUUAUCAGGCUCCCUCUACCCCAUCUUUUCCUGUCUCCCCGGCCUACUACCAUGGAGUCAGUAGCCCACAUUCAUCGUCCCCUGACUCAGCAGUGUACCGGCAGGGAAGCCCCACCCCACCCCAACCACUGCUCCCUGAAAAGAGAAGGAUGUCAUCAGGGGAUCGGUCAAACAGCCUGCCCAACUAUGCCACAGUGAAUGGCAAGACCUCUUCACCCAUCUCCAGUGGGAUGUCCAGUCCCAGCAGUGGGAGUGGCAUGGCCUUCCAUCAUACUCUGCCUGAUUUCUCCAAGUUCUCAAUGCCAGACAGCAGCCCUGAGACCAGAGCUAACGUGAAGUUCGUCCAGGAUACCUCCAAGUACUGGUAUAAGCCAGAGAUCUCCAGGGAGCAAGCCAUUGCACUGCUGAAAGACAAGGAACCUGGGGCUUUUAUCAUUCGAGACAGCCACUCCUUCCGAGGAGCGUAUGGAUUGGCCAUGAAAGUUGCUUCUCCGCCUCCUGGUAUUUUGCAACAGAGCAAGAAAGGAGAUCUCACCAAUGAGCUGGUUAGGCACUUCCUGAUAGAAACCUGCCCUAAAGGUGUGAAACUAAAAGGAUGCCCUAAUGAACCAAAUUUUGGUUGCUUGUCAGCUCUCGUGUACCAGCACUCCAUCAUGCCUCUGGCCUUGCCCUGCAAGCUGGUCAUUCCCGAUCGAGAUCCCAUGGAUGAAACAAAAGAGACAACCACAUCGAGCAACUCAGCAACAGACUUGCUCAAACAGGGAGCAGCCUGCAAUGUGCUCUUUAUCAACUCGGUGGAGAUGGAAUCAUUAACAGGGCCACAGGCCAUUGCCAAAGCUAUCACUGAGACGCUGGCCGCUGACACCCCACCAUCUGCUACUAUUGUCCACUUCAAAGUCUCAACACAAGGAAUCACCUUAACAGACAACCAGAGGAAGCUGUUCUUCAGACGACAUUACCCCAUCAUCAGUGUCACCUUCUGUGAUGUGGACCCACAGGAAAGAAAGUGGACUAAGUCAGACAGUGGUGGUGCUGCAAAACUCUUUGGCUUUGUGGCCAGGAAACAAGGCAGUACAACAGACAACGUCUGCCACCUCUUUGCUGAGCUGGACCCUGACCAACCAGCUGCCGCCAUUGUCAACUUUGUCUCCAGGGUCAUGCUCGGCUCCUCUCAAAAGAGAUGAACCGAUGCCUUCCCCCUGAAGGGGGCUUCUUGCCCUUGAAUUUUGAAGAAGGACUUGGAGUUGUUCCGAGAAGGAGUGCAAGGAAGUGCGUUGCGAAAGAGGGAAGUGAACCAAUUUUAGGGGGCGGGGGGAGAGUUGGAGAGUGGGGGAAGGUCUGAAUUGCUGGAAAGCCCAAACCAAGCAAACGUACGUACAUAGCAGAAACCAAGGAACCGACAUCAUCGCCUUUCCCUGCCAAGUUCAAGAGGUGGAGACAAUUUUGGCUUUUUGGAUCAGCAUGAAAUCAGAGAAUUCAGCCCCACAGG